AUGUUUUAUAAGGUUACUCAAAUGAGAUCCAUCAUUGGACUUGCACCAGUGGUGCGGAAGAAUAUGCAAGCUCUUGGGCUCCGCAAACGAUUCCAAACUGUGUAUCAAAAGAUCAGUCCUUCCACAGCACACCGAUUAUUAUACGUUAAAGAGUUGGUCAAGGUAGAGUUGGUUGAGUCUACUAAGAGUACCAAGCAGAUGAGAUUAGAUAGAAAGUUUGAACCUGGGUUCUCUGUGAUAAAGGAUGGAGCAAAGAAGGUGUACCAAUAG